GAGAGAGAGAUGUCUUCCUAUUCCAGGAAAAGGCAGUGAAAUUCAGGAGCCUGAUGGGAUGCGCUGGAAAUACUCACCGGAUUCCAGGGAGAAGAAACUGGACUGAAUUCAAAAUGGUCAGAAGAACAGCGGCCCUUGAGGAGAACCAUUGCAUCAUGACCCCAGACAAAGAGCCUGUUGUCACAAACCUUUGGUUUUUUUGUAUCGUGAUCUUAAUAGUCGGAAUCAUAGUCCAGGUCUCUGGUGAAAAUGAACUUAGAGUAGACAUGUCAAAAAUAGGCCUGACGCAUGUUCCGAAAGACCUGUCACCAAGAACUGAAGUCUUAGACAUAUCUCAAAACUACAUAUCUGAGCUUCAGAUCUCUGACUUCAGCUUCUUGUCGGGGCUGAAAGUUUUGCGACUUUACCAUAAUAGAAUCCAGAGACUUGAUUUUAGUGUUUUCAAGUUCAACCGCUACCUGGAAUAUUUGGAUUUAUCUCACAAUCAGUUGCAAAAGAUAUCCUGCUACCCUGUGGUGGGUGUCAAACAUUUAGAUCUCUCAUUCAAUGACUUUGAUGCUCUGCCCAUCUGUACAGAAUUUGGCAACUUGACGCAACUGAAUUUCUUGGGAUUAAGUGCUGCAAAGUUCCAGCUAUUAGAUCUGCUACCAAUUGCUCACUUGCAUCUAAAUUACAUUCUUCUGGAUUUAGGAGGUUAUUACGUGAAAGAAAAUGAGGCAGAAAGUCUUCAAAUUCUGAACACAAAAUCACUUCAUUUUGUUUUCCACCCAGAGAGUUUAUUUUCUGUCCAAGUGAACAUAUCAGUUAAUACUUUAGGGUGCUUACAGCUGACAAAUAUUAAAUUGAAUGAUGAGAACUGUCAAGUCUUAAUUAACUUUUUAUUGGAACUCAUUAGAGGUCCAACCUUACUGAACUUUACUCUCAACCACAUGGAAACAACUUGGAAAUGCUUGGUUAGAGUUUUUCGGUUCCUUUGGCCCAAACCUGUGGAAUAUCUCAAUAUUUACAAUUUAACAAUAGUCGAAAGCAUUAAUGAAGAAGAUUUUGCUUAUUCUGAAACAGCACUGAAAGCAUUAAAAAUAGAACAUAUUAAAAACAAAGUUUUUAUCUUCUCACAGACAGCGUUGUACACAGUGUUUUCUGAGAUGAACAUUAUGAUGUUAACCAUAUCAGACACACCUUUUAUUCAUAUGCUUUGUCCUCAAGCACCAAGCACAUUUAAAUUUUUGAACUUUACCCAGAAUGUGUUCACAGAUAGUGUUUUUCAAAACUGUUCCACUUUAGUGCAAUUGGAGACACUUAUCUUGCAAAAAAAUGGAUUAAAAAACCUUUGUAAAGUAUCUCUCAUGACAAAGAAUAUGCCGUCCUUGGAAUUCCUGGAUGUUAGCUUGAAUUCUCUGGAAUCUCAUAGACUUGAGGAAAAUUGCACUUGGGUUGAAAGUAUAGUGGUAUUAAAUAUGUCUUCAAAUAUACUUACUGACUCAGUUUUCAGCUGUUUGCCUCCCAAGGUCAAGGUACUUGAUCUUCACAAUAACAGAAUCAUGAACAUCCCUAAAGAUGUCACCCAUCUGGAAGCUUUGCAAGAACUCAACGUAGCAUUCAAUUCUUUAGCUGACCUUCCCGGAUGUGGUACCUUCAGCAGCCUCUCUGUACUGAUCAUUGACCAUAAUUCUAUUUCCCACCCAUCAGCUGAUUUCUUCCAGAGCUGCCAGAAGAUGAAGUCCAUACAAGCAGGGAGCAACCCAUUCCAAUGCACAUGUGAGCUCAGAGACUUCAUCCAACAUAUAGGCCAACUACCAAGUGAAGUGGUAGAGGGCUGGCCUGAUGCUUAUAAGUGUGACUACCCAGAAAGCUAUAAGGGAACCCCACUAAAGGACUUCCAUGUGUCUCCAUUAUCCUGUAACACAGGUCUGCUGAUUGUCACCAUUGGGGUCGUGGUGCUGGUGUUAGCUGGUUCUGUGACCUUCUUCUGCCUCUACUUGGAUCUGCCCUGGUAUCUCAGGAUGGUGUGUCAGUGGGCCCAGACUCGGCACAGAACUAGGAACAUCCCCUUGGAAGAACUCCAAAGAAAUCUUCAGUUCCAUGCUUUUAUUUCAUACAGUGAACAUGAUUCUGCCUGGGUAAAAAAUGAACUAGUACCCUGCCUAGAAAAAGAAGAUAUCCGGAUCUGUCUCCAUGAAAGAAACUUUGUUCCUGGCAAGAGCAUUGUGGAAAAUAUCAUAAAUUGCAUUGAGAAGAGCUACAAGUCCAUCUUUGUUUUGUCCCCCAACUUUGUCCAGAGUGAGUGGUGCCAUUAUGAGCUGUACUUUGCCCACCACAAUCUCUUCCAUGAAGGGUCUGAUAACUUACUCCUGAUCUUACUGGAACCCAUCCCACCCAAUAGCAUUCCCAACAAGUAUCACAAGCUGAGGGCUCUCAUGACACAGCGCACUUACUUGGAAUGGCCCUUGGAGAAGAGCAAACAGGGACUUUUUUGGGCUAACAUCAGAGCUGCUUUUAAUAUGAACUUAACACUAGUCAAUGAAAACAAUGAUGUGAAAACUUAAAGUCAGGAAAUCCCAAUUAACACCAUUAUCUUGAACUCUGAUGAAUAUCAUUUCUAGCUCCUAUCUGGGGCUGCUUCCAUAUCCACCAUGUCUUUGGGGAAGAUACAAUGGAAACCUUGUUUCAACUGAGUUGGGGAAUUAGGUUUGGGGUGGGGAUAAAGGUGAUGCUCAUUUUGCCAAUUAGAGAAAUCUUAGUAUCUUCCUGUUUACUCUCCGUUUUCACAUUGAAACAGUCUUUUUUGAGUAAAUUCUCAUUCAGGGAUCUUUCUUCCCCACUCUCCUUUCCCAAAUGAAAGAGGGAAAGGAGACUUUGUGACUUCAUGUCAUCAAGAAAAGAGGUGGCCUCAGAACUGUAUGCACUGGUCCUUGGAGCCUCCUCUGAAUCCUCAUUGGACUCUGGGUGAGUUUUAUCAUCCUAAGCUUUGGGCCUAGGAAAAAUAUUAGGCCCGUUAUGAAAUAUAAGACAGUAUUUUCUCUACAUGUGAGUAAUAGUUUAUUGACUUUUUGACUCUGACACACAAACAUGUAUUUAACCAUUGGAAACUCAUGGCAUUAUAAUAUGUGUGUAUAAUAGGAAAUACGGCCUUCAGUUAUAGGCUUCUGAUGUGAAAGACUUGGGUAUACUUGCUUGCCAAAGACACUGAGAGUCAAAUUUAUGUGUCAUUUGAUAUCAAAAUUUUUUUUUGUUGUUGUGGUUGUCUUCGACUUUUGCCUAAUGCCCAAAGCUGAUGAAAGGCAAUAAAUGCUCCCAUAUUCACAGAGAGAGAGAGAGACACAGCCAGGCUGGACUUCCUAAAAGAGCAGAAAAGGACUAGUAAUUAUCAGUCCACGUUGCCAUCUCUAGAAUACUGGAUUCAAAAGGGUCAUUUAGAGAGUCAUUAAGUGGAGGCUCCAAAAUAUGGCGAGAUUGCUUUGAAUACCUUCAAAGAGCAAGUGAGAGGGGCUCCCAGAAUAUAGGAAAGUAGUCUGUCAUUCUCCUUCCAGACUGAAAGUUUGCAGAGGAACAGGAGUAUAAGAUCCAUGCAGCAGGCAAGGUGUGAUUCUUGGCUAUUUAUAGGUGCUGCAUAAGUAUUUGUUGAGUGAAUAGAUGAGUGCUUGUACUGGAGAAAAGGAGAGAGGUUGGCUUGGGCAGCACAGAAUGGUAGGACAAGAGAAGGGGUACAGUGACUGCAACCUGUCCUUCCAUCAUCAGCAUGGCAAAGGCAUUUCCUGUGGGCCAGACUGACCAUGGUAGCUGGGUUUGAGUUGUCACAAUAGGACCUCAACCAACAAGGCAGCCUAUUGUGCAGAGAUAUUGUGGCACCCAGAGGCCAAGGGGUUGGGGGGAAGAGGUGCAUUGCAGGAGUUGUGGAAGAGAUCAGCCAGAUUGUGUGCCAUUUGCAUUAAGGAACUGUGUGAUAUGGAGUCUACUCUAUAUUUGGGUCUCCAAAUAACCCACAGAUGCAUGCCAUAAAAGGGCCACCUUUUGGUUUCUGACACAACAGGAAGUAGGAGUGUGAUAGCCUAUUUGCCUAAACCAGUAGUUAACGGCAGGGACAUGCCUCUUUGUAUAAUACCCUCUUUCCUUGCAAAGCUCUAGGGACAUCCAGAAUAUAAGAAGGCGGAGAAGACCAAGGAAAAGUAAAACAAUUGGUUACAUUCCUUCCUCCCUUCACUGAACAGAAGGCCUGAGCUAGGGAUAAGGCUGAAUUUUGAAUGAGCUUUUGAGUGUGAGAUUCUGUUAACUGGAACUAGUCUGAGCCAUUUAAUCCUGAUGUAGAAGUACAAUUACAAAAAUGAGACUUGAGAAUUACUAGAAUGUAUGGGAUCUUCCCAAGAUCAGGUGUUGUGGAGGGAGAUCCAACAGAACCUGGUUGUAAGGAAGUGGAUUUCCUUCUGGAUUUCAUUCAUUCAAUAAGCCAGUUUCAUAAUGAAUGAAUCACUGUGAAGAAAUAAGCCAUAAGGAAAUUUCAGUGCUCCUCUCUGUCUACAUUAGCUCUUCCUUGCUCUUUUGGAGAACACUGUUCUCCUUCAUAGGCCCUCUCUCAAAUGGCAAAUUCUUCCACAGCCUGUGUUGCACUGUUUCCUAGACUAAAAACAACAACUAACAAAAACCACCCACAAAAAUCCACGGCACAGAUUUUAAAUGAUCAAAUAUUUUUAAGUUUAAUAAUAUGUUUCCCACAAAAUUUGUGGACAUUAAACUAUAUUAAUUGUAACCUUUUUAAAAAGAAUUAAAAUCUACAUUUUUGUGAUGUACUAACACACACACACAUUUCAGACAUAUGAAAGGUUUAUCAUAAGGGAUCUAUUUCUUUUUUAGAUAAAGGUUUUCUUUCUCCAUGAAUAUUCUACUUUCUCUGUUGAAUUCUGGUUGCCAACACCUGAUACCAACUUGAGAAAAAGGGUAUUUAAUUUCAAGAAUCUAGAGAUGUCUCAGAACCCAAAGGCAGGGAUAGAGCUGAGCUCUGAGGAAGUUUGAAAGCAGAAUGGCCAACUGCCCAAACUUUCUCUCCCUCUCUAGUGUUGGAGAUAUCUCUAGUGUCUCCCACCUGAACUAAGUUACUGUGGGGGGUUAGGUAAGAGGGUAGAGGAGUGGGAAUGGGAUUGCCUUUCCUGUAACCAUUACUGAGAAGGAGUGCGUAUUGUUCUUCAGGGCUGCCAUAACAGAAUACUGUAGACUGGGUGGUUUAAACAACAGAAAUUUAUUUCCUGACAGUUCUAGAGACUAAAGUCUAAAAUAAAUUUCUGUGCCAGAAGGGUUGGUUUCUGGUGAAGCUUCCUGGUUUACAGAAGGUCACCUUCUUUGUGUGCUCACAGGGUCUCUUCUCUGUGUGCACAUCCCUGGUGUCCCUUCCUCUUCUUACAAGGACACUAUUCAUACUGGAUUAAGUUCCCAUUGAAUGACCUCAUUUAACCUUAAUCACCUCUUUAUUAUGUCUCCAAAUACAGUCACAUUUUAAGGUAGUGGGAGUUAGGGCUUUGACAUAGGAAUUUGGCGUGGGGCAUAAUACAGUCCAUAACAUGGUUAUUCAGAUAAAUUUAAAAAUAUUGUGAUGGAGAUUAUUAGUCACCAUGAAUAACCAUUAUCCUCUCAUUUAAUAUUAAAUGACUCCAGUUUUAUUAGGACCCUUGACAACCCAGCUGGAGACUGCAUUUCCCAGCAUUCCUUGUGGCUCCAUGUGGACAUGUGACUGAACUCUUAGCACUGGGAUGGAACUGGAACCUGUGUGCCUCUCUGUGCUAUGUCUCUAAGAAAGAUGAGCGUGGAUUCCUUUGUCAGUUCCACUGACAAAGGAAAGAUGAGUGUAGAAUUGGAUAAGCCAUCUAGAACUAGAGGUGAAAGUCACAUGUAGAUGUGCUCUUCAUUCUACCCACUUGUGCUGCCCAAGACAGCCUCGCCGCAGGUCUGGACUGCUCAGCUCUGUUGUGUGACAGAGAAGUAAACCUCCAUCUGUUGAAGCCACUUUGGAUUCCUCUGAUACAGCCUCUUAGAACAUAUACGGCCAUCUGCAGCACAGAGCCAUGGUACAGCUUUCUCUGAUUUCCUUCCUGUGUGGACCUAUUAUGAGAGAACAGUGUGCAAGUUCUACUCUGCAACCUGGAGCAAAGCAUCCAUCAAUGUGAGGCACCUGGAUCAGCCUGUGCUACUGCAAAG